AUGGAAGCGGAUAACUGUUUCCAAGCUAUGGAACGCGCACUACAAGCGCAGCAUGUCUCGCAUAACCAAUAUAUAGAGUUUGCUACCUACCAACUUUGGGAAGAGGUCCAGCAUUGGUGGCAGGCAGAAUGCCACUUGAUACAGCUCCAGAAUGCAGAUGUUCCUUGGGAUGUGUUCCAAACGGCCUUCUACAAGAAGUAUUUUCCUGAGUCUGCAAGGGAAGCAAAGGAGAUGGAACUUAUGCAGCUGAAGCAAGGUUCCUUGUCUGUGGCAGAUUAUACGAGCAAGUUUGAGGAACUUUGUAGGUUCUCUAGCGCAUGUCAGGGUGCCCCAGAAACCUAUGAGAGCUGGAAGUGUAUCACGUAUCAAAGGGGUUUGAAGGACGACAUUAUGACUGCUGUGGCUCCAUGGAGAUUCGUAUUUUCUCUGAUUUGGUGA